AUGCUGCGCGCGCGCACCGCCGCGGCGCACCUGCUGCUGCUGCUGCUGCUGCACAGAGCGCUACAAGGUGCAUGCGAUGUGGCCGGCGGCGCGGGCUCGGUGAACGCGCUACCGGGCGGCGCAGGCAGCGCGGGCGCGCGUCUGGCGCCGUCCUUCGACGCUGCCACCCCGCGGAACGUCACGGCGCUCGUCGGCAAGUCCGCCUACCUCAGCUGCCGCGUGCGCAACCUCGGCAACAGAACGGUGUCGUGGAUCCGGCACCGCGACCUGCACAUCCUGACGGUGGGCGGGUACACGUACACGUCGGACCAGCGGUUCCAGGCGUCGCACUCGCCGCUGACGGACGACUGGACGCUGCAGGUGAAGUGGGCGCAGCAGCGCGACGCCGGCGUGUACGAGUGCCAGGUCUCCACGCAGCCCGUGCGCUCCUUCUUCGUCACGCUCCACGUCGUCGAUUGCGACGAGAUCUACCAGAGGAUGUUUUCUGACGCAGUGCCGUCGGCGCGCAUCCUGGGCGGGCCAGACCUGCACGUGGACAUGGGCUCCACUAUCAACCUCACCUGCCUCAUCCAGUUCAGCCCCGAGCCGCCCGCCUACAUAUUCUGGUACCACGAGGACGAGGUGAGCGGACGCAAAGUGAUCUCGUACGACUCGUCGCGCGGCGGCGUGUCGGUGGUGACGGAGAAGGGCGCGGCGACGACGUCCUACCUGCUGGUGCAGGACGCCGCGCCCGCCGACUCCGGCCGCUACUCCUGCGCGCCCUCUAACGCCGAGCUGGCCUCCGUGCGCGUCCACGUGCUCAACGGCGAGCGGCCGGCGGCGAUGCAGACAGGGUCGGCGGGGCUGUCGGACAGCUGGCGCUGCGUGCUGCUGCUGCUGGCGGCCGGCGCGCUGCACGCCCGCCUGCUGCGCGCCCAGCUCACCAGCUGAU